CAUUUAACUACCGUUAAAACGUUUGUUCAGCAGGAUAUUUGAAUUGUAACGGAAACAAUUGUGCUUUAUAUUGCCAAUGAAAUUUUGGAAUAUAUGAAAUUAAAUGGAUUAUUAAGAAAUCGUACGAAAAAUGCUAUAAUAAUAAAAAGAAUAAAAAUUGUUCAGGUGUUUGUGAAGUAUUAAAAGUGAGAAAGAAAUUUGAAAGUUUUAAACACAAUGGAUAAUAAUAACGGAGCUAAUCCAGUUGAAACUCCCUCAACAGUAGGUCGUAGUUCCUCGUCAACGGAUGUAUUUAUAGAUACUCAAAGUUUUGGUUGGAGCCGUUUCAAGCCAAAAUAUUUGCAACGAUUUUGUACAGCAAAAUGGGCUUUAUUUUGGUUGUGUUGGGGUGGAGCAACGCAAGGGCUUAUAGUUAAUGGCUUCAUAAAUGUUGUAAUAACAACCAUCGAAAGACGCUUUGGAUUGCGUUCACGUCAAACAGGUCUCGUUGCGAGUGGUUAUGAUAUCGCCUCAUUCCUGUGCCUAGUUCCCGUAACAUAUUUUGGAGGUCGUCUUGGUGCUUCAAAGCCACGCAUUAUUGCUUGGGGUACAAUAUUGUUGGGAUUGGGGUCAUUAACAUUUGCCUUGCCGCACUUCCUAGUGGGACCAUAUCGUGCUACCAUGUCUACGACAAAUACAUGUUCGGCAUUAAGCAGCAAUAAUAACACCAUAAAGUCAUGUGUAUUAAAUGGCUUGACAACGGCUGAUGGUGUUGGGGAUGAGGUUGAUAAUACCGAAAAUCUAACAUGGACUAUGUGGAUAUUUUUUGCUGCUCAACUGUUGCAUGGUGCAGGAGCAUCACCGCUGUUUACACUUGGCGUUACUUAUAUUGAUGAGAAUGUAUCGAAGAAAAUGUCGUCUGUUUAUUUGGGUACUUAUUACACCAUGACUAUGAUUGGUCCUGCUAUGGGUUAUGUUCUUGGCGGACAAUUGUUGCUGAUUUAUACAGAUUUUCUGCAAGUCGAUGUAACAGAAUUAAGCCUGACCAGUGCCAGUAAAGUUUGGAUUGGAGCUUGGUGGAUAGGAUUCGUAGUAGCGGCCUUUGUUUGUUUUUUUCUAUCCAUACCAAUCUUUGCCUAUCCCCGAUCAUUACCAGGCUCUGAGAAAUUGCAACAGGAAAAAGUAUCCGAAGCCUAUAAUUCUAAUAAAAAAGCUGAACAGACCAGCAAUUUCACCAAACUGCGAGAGUUACCCAUGGCUUUACUGUCUCUGCUGAAAAAUCCAACAUUUGUCUUUUUGAAUUUGGCUGGAGCUUCGGAAGGCAUGAUUAUAGCUGGAUUUGCUGCUUUUCUACCUAAACAAAUUGAAAACCAAUUUAGUAUUUCCCCCGUAUGGUCGGCAUUGCUUAUGGGUUUGAUAACAGUGCCGGCCGGAGGAGGAGGUACAUUUUUGGGUGGUUAUCUUGUGAAAAAGUUUAAUCUUAAUUGCAGCGGCAUUAUAAAGAUGUGUCUUAUGGUUACCACAAUAGCCACUGCCUUCACCAGUUGUUUUCUGUUGUCUUGUCCAAAUCUUCAAUUUGCUGGAGUAACAACACCCUACGAAAGAGGAGUAAUAAAAACUGACCUAACAGUUGCCUCGUCAUUUACAUUGGAAGCGAACUGUAAUACAAAUUGUUCUUGCAGCAAAUUGUUGUAUGAUCCUGUAUGCGGCACCAACAAUGUCAUGUACUAUAAUCCCUGUUUUGCGGGCUGUGCUUUUGAGUCUUCCACCAAUGAAAGUAAAUCGUACAAGGAUUGUGAAUGUAUUUCUCAGAUAAUUGCUAAUACAACCAUAGUUGGUGGUGAUGAGUAUGAUGCUACCAAUACAAUGUGCUCAUCAUCAUGUCAAUAUCUUCCUUAUUUUGUGGCACUGUGUUUCAUGUUGAUGUUGUUUACGUUUUUGGCCACUAUGCCUGCUCUGUCAGCCACAUUGAGAUGUGUUUACGAUGACCAACGCUCUUUUGCUUUGGGUAUACAAUGGAUAAAAGUUCGUUUGCUGGGCACAAUUCCGGCACCCAUGAUAUUUGGGGCUUUAAUUGAUGAAACGUGUAUAUUGUGGCAAGAGAGAUGUGAUGAGGAAGCUGGAGCUUGUCUGGUCUAUGAAAAUUCGAAUAUGAGCAGAUACAUGUGGAUUCUGGCUUUGACAGGCAAAUUGUGUUCGGUGGUGUUUUUCUUUGCGGCCUGGUGGUUUUACAUCCCACCCAAAGAAGUACCAAAUGACGAGAAUGUUAAGGCCAACAGCAACAUAACAGUAGCUGCCAUCAGUAUCGUGGAUGAAGAUGUUAUGACGGUAUCAAGUUAAACAGCUGAUGAUUUGGUGGAUACGUACACAGUUAACAUCAUCCACAUCUAUCUCAAUUUUUUUUGUACAUCAACCUCACCGCCACCACCAACAUCCAAUGUCUUAUCGUUCAUUACAAUUCAACAAGUGUUUGGUCAUACAUACACAGACACCAUAUUGCAUGUGGCACGUGCAACACGUACAUUUUUGUCGUACAGCUGAUUUCAUUCAUAAGAAAAAUCUCAAGAUCUCAUACACAUGCGUAAUAUAAUCACAUGAUAUGUAUUUAUUUAUUUGUUUGUUGUUUUUUUCAUUCUCAAUUCGCCUGUAUUUAAUAGAUGUAGAUACAUUAGUAUCUACGUAAGUGCAUAUGUACUUGAAUGUAUAGUAUCAUAUGUAUGUAUGUCCUUUGGUAUUUUAUACGUAUGUGUAGGUCUUUUAUAGACAUAAGAAAAUAUACAUAGAUAUUGUUUUGUAUGUGUAUAAUUAAUAUGUGUAGUUUUAGAUUUUAUACUUACAUACUAACUAUAUACCCAGCAGUUCUAGGAGACUGUCCCGAACUAGUGAUAUUACCUAUCAUUUAGGAUGACAACUAGUUACAUAACUAGCUACGUGAUUAGUUAUUUUAAAGUAUGCAUAUCCUAAACAUGGGUUCAAUUGGCCCUUUUGGAUUACAAAGUAGUCAACGCAUUGGAUUCACA